AUGAUUUAUACACAAGCACUCAAACUAGAGCCUGACCAGCAAGCGCACACCUCGAUGAAGGAUGUGCAGGAAGAGGUUCAGGACGAAAUAUACGAUGACGGGGACGAUGACCCUGUUGAAGGAGACACGGACGAGGGUACACACAACGACACUGGCGAAGAUGAGGACGAGGAUGGAGAAGUUAUAUAUUGGUAUGACAGUGAGGAGGAAGUAGAACAAAACAUGGAGCAACAGGGAUUUAAUUCCUUAGUGAAUGAUGAAACUAUACACAUGAUCCAUAUACAAGAAUACACAGAUGUUGAUGAGGAGAAAGAAAAGGUUGAAGAGUUAGUUCAUUACAUGACAAAUUCUUUGGAGGAAAAUGAGCAAUUUGUUGAUACGCUUAGCGGCUUCUCAGAUGAUAUAACUAUGUACUUAAAAAAAUGA